CUUAAGAUUACCAACACAAAUCCAUCUUCUUUAGUGAAGUCUCCUCGUCUAGUGGUUAUUGUGUAAAUAAUAACUAUAAUGUUUAAUACUCAGAUAUGCUUAUUAAUUUGUUAUCUCACAAUAAUUGGCCCCUGCAAGGGAAAUGAUGACACCGUGGCAAAUAUAACGGGUCCGAAAGACAUGUAUGUCGUGCGUGCAACCGUGUACCAAGUUGGGAUACUUACAAAUAGAACGAAUGAAACUGAUUUAAACACGGGCCGUCAAGAAGCUCUUACGAUAUACCACAAUAAUGGAUCAAGCAUCGAUUUGAGUGGAAUCCCAGAUCCGUUAUUGACUAAUGUAACAGCGGAAAAGGUCGUGGGAGUGGCUCCCGUGACCAACAGCUCCGUGCCCUGGAAAACUCUCCAGAGGUUGAUAUCUGCACCCCAACAAGGCAACGCCAAAGACGCAGGUUUAAAUAUUCAUCGAUCAAAACGUGAAGAAACAAAAACCCCCGUGGAAAUAGUUAAGGGCGCUGCCGUCAUCCCCUCUGCAGCAGGCGUAAACUCCAUAGCGUUGCCGCAACUACUCAAUUUCAACCAUAACAUAUCAAGCAUACCAGUGCCGAUACCGAACGUGUCAGUUGUCAGCUAUGCUAAAGUAAACACUCUUGUACAUUCCCCUUAACAACUGUAUGUAUUUGUACCUAUUUAAAAUAUGUAUAUUAAUGAUACACGCAAGACGAGUAUUUUCCCAUGCGAC